AUCGUAAAAAGUGCCAUCAUUUAACUAAUCACAAAUGAAUAUCGCUUCGUUCAGUCUUUACUCGCCACGGUGUACUAUUCCCGCACUUCGUUAUCUCAACAUGAACAAGCUAAAACGUCAACAAUUCAAUUCAAGUUUCGCUCGGAAUCGACUCAGUUCCCCUGAGCUCGUCAGCCAGCGUCGCUGCUGGCGUUCACCAUUUUAAUAUCGAUAACGUUAUAAUGCUCGUGUCUCGUACGAGGAGUGGUCGUCUGCGAUGAUUACAUUCUUAGCGUUUCCUGCAGUGUUGGAUGCCCUAAUUCUGAGUGGUUAUAAAUGAGUGAAUUUCGUUUGAAUAGCUCCCAUCCUGUUGUCAAGUUCAUUUAUUCCCGGUGAAUCGGUAUAUUUACCACAAAACUCGAAUCUCGAUACGUUUUAAAGAAUCAAUGACGAAACAUCACGAGGAUCCUUGAAAAUACCUGACAAUGUCUAUCAAAAAGAAUCAGGAGAUGCCCUUAAAGGGGGUCGAAGAGGAGCCAGUGCAACUGGACGAGGUUCUGAGUAAACUGGGAGCGUUCGGCAAACACCAGCUGAUCACGAUGUGCAUGCUGGCUCUUGUGUACGCAACCAACUCGAUAUACAAUGUGAACUAUGUGUUCGCCGUCGAAGAUGUUAACUACAGAUGCAAGGUACCCGAAUGUGAAUCGAUUGUCACCUCGUUCGCCGCCCCCUGGCAUAACUUAACAGCUCUAGACCUGGAAAGCGAGGGCAUAAAGCAGUGCUACCGGCACCCACCCCUCAACCGCCAAUGUCUCGUCUUCAACUCUAGUCUAACGACGCCGUGCACGGAGUGGGUCUAUGAUGUACCAAACAGCUUUGUGGCCGAGUUCGGGCUGGCGUGUAACGACUGGAAAGCAACCCUAGUGGGUACGAUCCACUGCUUCGGGAGUAUGGUGGGGCAACUACUGCAGGGACAAAUAUCCGACAGAUUCGGUCGAAAAACUGCGGCGGUAUUCGCGGGAACGAUGGGGGCUGUGCUCGGUCUGGCCAAAAGCUUCUCUAAUUCUUUUUGGCUGUACAUUGUCCUCGAAGGACUAGAGGCGGCCAUCGGUGACGCCCUCUCUCCUAUGUUUAUGUUAAGUAUAGAAAUCGUUGAAAAAAAACGCGCCGUACUGUACCAGAUGAUCUUACUAAACUUCUACACGGGAGGUCAAAUUAUAAUGCCACUCAUUGCUUGGGCGGUGCCCUACUGGCGCAACUUCCUCAGAGUUAUAUACGCUCCGACGCUCAUUAUAUUGACCUACUCCUUCUUUCUCGACGAAAGUAUUCGCUGGCUGUUCAGCAAAGGGAAAAAAGAGCAAGGCAUUAGGUUAAUAGAAAAGAUUGCAAAGAGAAAUAAUGUUAAAAUCGACAAGAGUCUAUUGAGUAGGUUGGACUACAGCGACGAGGAGACCUCGAACAAGUUGAACGACAGGAAAUUGUUAAUGAAGACCUUUAGAUCCAAGAUAAUGAUGCGAAGAUUCCUCGUGUGUAUGGUCUGGUGGUUCACGAUCACUUUGAUCAACUACGGUAUGAUGAUCAGCUCUGUCCUGAUCAACGGAAAUAAAUAUCUCAAUUUCGCGCUGCUCAUUAUGAUGGACAUACCUGCGAAUAUCUUCUACUGGCUGGCUUUAGCGAAGUACAAGAGAAAGCUACCGUUGGUCGCGUCCUUCAUUGUCGGUGGAGUGUUUUGUGUGUCGCAGCCUUUUAUACCAAAAGGCUACGCUUGGCUGGGCCUGGCGCUGUUCAUGGCGUUUGAGAUGCUGGCGACGUUCUCCUACAACAUUGUUUACAUGUACACUUCGGAGCUCUUCCCCACUUACACACGGAACUCAAUGCAUUCCAUUUGCUCGGCGACGGGCCGCAUCGGAUCGCUCCUGGCGCCACAGACACCAUUAUUGAUGGCUUACUGGUCCGGAUUACCAGCUUUAAUAUUCGGAUUAACGUCACUAGUUUCCGGGGCUCUAACUCUAUUCAUGCCUGAAACAGCGCGGACACAGUUACCAGACACCAUUCGGGAAGCAGAAACCAUCGGCAAAACAAAACACAAACACGACCCCGCCACGGAGACAUUGAAGGGAACUUAAAAUAACAACUCUCUAAACGUAACACGAUAGGGACGAAAAUACGGCGAAGGUAUAAAACGAAACGUUAAGUAAUAUUUUACGAAAUUAAAAACAUAACCAUAAAUACGUUUUGUCGCGUUGUAACGUCGAGAAAUAACCCAUUCCGAAGCUCGAAUUAUUAAUAAACCCGUCACCGGAGUUUUUAUUGACCCGUCUCUAAUAUUAUGAGACUGAAUUGUAUAAACUUAUAAAAAACGUCGCAGGACGAAAAGAGAGGGCAAGUUGUUAUCGAAAGUAUGAUGUCUACUUCUAUCUAUCUGCUACUGUUUGGUUAUUUUAAUACUUUGUAAAUAUGUUAUUAAAGUUUUGUUACAUGUUUUUUUAGUUGUAAAAAUCCCAACAGACCUAAAAUACGAUAACCUGUUUGCUACGUUUGUCCA